UAGCACCUGCUUCUAAAUAAUGCACACCAUAGUUUACUAGAGAUUACGGCCUUUUCCCCACGUUCUUUUGUUGAGGAAGAAAGAAGUUGAGAUUGUUAUAGUUGUGAGCUUAUUUUGUGGACGGAGAGCGAGUGUGUGCAGCAGUCAAGAGAGCCAUGGGAUUCAAAGUUCUCGAGUUUUUACGUCCCUUUGUAUCAAUUUUACCCGAGGUAGCCAAGCCGGAACGAAAGAUCCAAUUCAAAGAGAAGGUGUUAUGGACGGCCAUCACUCUGUUCAUCUUCCUUGUCUGUUGUCAGAUCCCUCUGUUUGGUAUCAUGUCGAGCGACAGUGCUGAUCCUUUCUAUUGGAUACGUGUGAUCAUGGCCUCCAACAGAGGCACACUCAUGGAGCUUGGUAUUAGCCCUAUAGUCACUUCAUCCCUCAUCAUGCAGUUGCUGGCUGGAGCUAAAAUACUGGAGGUUGGAGACACUCCCAAAGACAGAGCUCUUUUCAAUGGAGCACAGAAGUUGUUUGGUAUGGUGAUCACUGUGGGCCAGUCUGUGGUGUAUGUGAUGACUGGCAUGUAUGGAGAGCCUGCUGACCUGGGAGCUGGUAUCUGUACCAUCAUUGUACUCCAGCUUCUCUGUGCCGGUCUUGUGGUUCUUCUACUGGAUGAGCUCCUACAGAAAGGCUAUGGUCUAGGCUCUGGAAUAUCUCUCUUCAUAGCUACCAAUGUCUGUGAGACCAUUGUGUGGAAGUGCUUCUCUCCUGCUACCAUUAACACCGGACGAGGGACAGAGUUUGAGGGAGCUAUUAUUGCAUUCUUUCAUCUGUUGGCCACACGUACUGACAAGAUCCGUGGUCUCAGGGAGGCCUUCUACAGACAGAACCUACCUAAUCUCACCAACCUUAUGGCCACCAUCUUUGUGUUUGCUGUAGUGAUAUACUUCCAGGGAUUCCGUGUUGACCUUCCUGUGAAGAGUGCAAAGUACAGAGGUCAGUACAGCACGUACCCCAUCAAGCUUUUCUACACGUCCAACAUCCCCAUCAUCCUCCAGAGUGCUCUCAUAUCUAACCUCUACUUCAUCUCCCAGAUGCUUGCGUCUAAAUUUGCUGGCAAUAUUCUUGUGAAUCUGCUUGGAGUGUGGGGUGCAGUGGGAGGGGGUGGUCCAGCACGCUCUUAUCCCAUUGGUGGACUCUGUUACUACCUCUCUCCGCCCGAAACGCUCAGUCGUAUUCGUGAUGAUCCUAUACAUGCGGUCAUCUAUGUCGUCUUCAUGUUGACAUCCUGUGCCUUCUUUUCCAAGACUUGGAUCGAUGUGUCUGGCUCUUCAGCAAAAGAUGUUGCUAAGCAACUGAAGGAGCAGCAGAUGGUGAUGCGUGGUCACAGGGAGCAGAGCUUGGUACACGAGCUCAACCGUUAUAUCCCCACAGCUGCUGCAUUCGGAGGAUUGUGUAUUGGAGCCCUCUCUGUCAUGGCAGACUUUAUGGGUGCUAUCGGAAGUGGCACAGGUAUUCUAUUGGCCGUGACAAUCAUUUAUCAGUACUUUGAAGUGUUUGUCAAGGAGCAGCAGGAGUUAGGGACGUUGCUAUUCUAGCUAGCCCCCUCCUAGUACAGAACGUUUAGGCUAUAUAGGAAUCAGAGUAUUAUACAGAGCUAUAGGGUGAAUAAUGUGCCUAUGAGUCUAUGAUGGAUUGCUUCAUAUUUUGGAUAAUUAAAUUAAACUCUGAAAACAA